AUGGCGGGCGCCAGUCGCUUCAAAUUCCUGGCUAUAGCCGUGGUAUUUCAUCUAAUUUAUAUAUACUCUAUAUUCGAUAUUUACUUCGUCAGUCCAAUCGUUAGUGGGAUGCAAUUGUUCCAAUUAGAAAGACCCGCGGGAGUAAAAGCACCGGCGGACCGGCUUGUUCUUUUUGUUGGCGACGGACUGCGCGCGGACAAAGCUUUUCAAUCGCACCCUGAUCCCUUUCCGAAGACCCAGGCCGACCGCACUCCGCGACCACUUGCACCGUAUUUGCGGUCCCGCGUUCUCGAACAUGGCACCUUUGGCGUAUCUCACACGAGGGUGCCUACAGAAUCACGACCCGGUCACGUCGCACUCAUAGCAGGACUCUAUGAGGAUGUUUCGGCUGUUGCGACUGGUUGGAAGCUCAACCCUGUAAACUUCGAUAGCGUCUUCAAUAGAAGCGCACAUACGUGGAGUUGGGGUAGCCCUGAUAUUCUUCCUAUGUUCCAGCAUGGCGCAAUUCCCGGCAGGAUAGAUGCAGACUGCUACGACGCUGAAUUUGAAGAUUUCUCCAAGGGUGCAGUCGAGCUAGAUCUAUACGUGUUCGACGGAGUGAAAGAUCUUUUCGCUGCGGCGGAAAAGAACAAGACUCUAAGUAAUGCUAUUAAGCAAGACAAAAUCGUCUUCUUCCUCCACCUCCUAGGACUUGAUACUGCCGGCCAUUCAUACCGACCAUACUCGGAUGAGUAUCUGCAUAACAUUAAAGUUGUCGACCAAGGAGUCAAGGAAAUUACCGAGCUAUUUCAGAAGUUCUAUGGCGACGACCGUACUGCCUUUGUUUUUACGGCUGAUCAUGGCAUGAGCGAUUGGGGAAGCCAUGGAGAUGGCCACCCAGAUAACACCAGGACUCCGUUGAUCGCUUGGGGGUCAGGUAUUGCGAAGCCAUCUGUAUAUCCAGGCACCAUCGCCCCUGGCCACGAUGAAUAUUCCUCGGAUUGGAAUUUGGAUCACGUCAAGAGGAAUGACGUGCACCAGGCCGAUGUUGCAGCUUUAAUGGCCUAUUUGAUUGGCGUCGAAUUUCCUGCCAAUUCUGUUGGUGAACUGCCAUUGGCUUAUCUCUCUGCAAACAUUAAGCAAAAAGCCGAAGCGUCUUUAGUAAACGCUCAAGAGAUUUUGGAAAUGUACAAGGUAAAGGAGGCCAGCAAACAGGAAAAGGAGUUGAGAUAUCAAUCAUACAAACCCCUUAGUGAGGGAACUGGCUCAACCCCUGACAACCGAAUAUCGCAUAUCAAGGAAUUGAUCGAUAAUGGAAGGUACGAAGAAGCCAUCGAAGAAUCCGCGGCGCUGAUGAAAAUCGGACUUGAGGGAAUGCGCUAUUUGCAGACUUAUGAUUGGCUGUUCUUAAGAGCUCUCAUCACCAUUGGCUACUUGGGGUGGAUGGCGUAUGCUCUAACGACUGUCUUGGACCUGCAUGUACUACAAGGAACCACACAGCCGUCGAGAACCCUUGGAGGCACAGCUGUCUUCUCCUCUUUCCUCGUCAUUCUAUAUGCGUCCUUCAUCAUAUCUCAUUCACCCUUAACAUACUAUGCGUAUGCCUUCUUUCCUGUAUUCUUCUGGGAAGAAGUUUACGCGCGUAAGGAUAGUUGGGUCCAAGGAAGAAGGGCCUUGUUUGGCCACAUUAAGACCGGCGCGAACGUGUUAUCCCUUGUGCUCAACGCAGCUACUUAUGUUGGCAUUAUCGAGUCCCUGGCAAUUGGAUAUAUUCACCGAGAAGUCUUAACAGUUCUGUUCCUUGUUGGUGCAUUAUACCCAUUGACCUUGGGGGUAUCUUUCCUUCAGAAACAUGCCAUUCUUUCGGUACAAUGGUUUAUAUCGUGUCUUGUAAUGAGCGUCUUCACCCUGCUUCCAGCAAUGAAGGUCGAAAGCUUGCCCCUUAUUCUUCUUGGCGGUCUGCUCAUGGUUGUCGUUGGCGUCCUGUACCUGAUUUUCGACAAUAAACUGUUAGCCAAACCCGCCAACUCGAAGUCGAAGAGAUUUGCGAGUCCCCCAAAAGGCAAGGAUCUUUCAAGAGCUCUAAUCGGAAUUCAGAUUGGGCUUGUCCUACUAGCUAUGUUCGUAACUCGAACUAGUGUUCUGUCAUUACAAGCAAAGGAGGGCCUACCACGUGGAAGCCAAAUUGUAGGAUGGCUUGUCUUGGUUGUAUCAUUCUUGAUGCCAUUUGCCCACCGGCUCCAACCUAACAACCAUUAUCUUCAUAGGUUACUGGUUAUUUUUCUAACCUUUGCACCAACCUUCGUGAUUUUGACGAUAUCAUACGAGGGCUUAUUCUACUUUGCUUUUAGCCUCAUGUUAGUGACAUGGGUCCGAUUAGAACAGUAUAUCUACGAGUUCCUACAGCCGGCAGGAAAAGCGGAAAGCAACGUCCAGGUAACGGCUGGGACAGCCGUAUCGAAAUUCCGACCCCUACGUUUGUCAGAUGCUCGCGUAGCAUUAUUUUUCUUUGUCCUCCUUCAGUCGGCAUUUUUCAGCACUGGCAACAUUGCGUCAAUCUCAUCAUUCAGUUUAGAGAGCGUGUGCCGACUCAUACCAAUAUUUGACCCCUUAUCUCAGGGGGCACUCCUCACGCUCAAACUUAUGAUCCCAUUUGCCCUCGUAUCGGCAAAUCUAGGCAUUCUCAACAAGAGAAUUGGGGUAGCUCCCUCGGCGCUUUUCAUGGUCACGAUGGCCAUAAGCGACUUAUUAACCCUCUACUUCUUUUGGGUGGUGAAGGACGAGGGCUCGUGGCUCGAGAUCGGGUCCACGAUCAGUCACUUCGCCAUAGCUAGUCUUCUAUGCGUUUUUCUCGCGGCUCUAGAGGGCGUGAGCGCAUUUUUCAUUUCUGGCAUCGAAGUAAACAGCUCCUACGGACAAUCAGCUAUAAGUAAUGGAAAGAUGCCAGGAGCGCCAAUAGAAACGCCCAAUGGAAAGACUGAGCAUGUGGACUCCUCGACUCCUAUUUCAGAGAAGAAAUAG